UUAAUGUGAAACAAAAAUUUUGAUUAUGAAAAAUACAUUAGGAUAGUUUGGUUGCACGGUGAAUAUGGAUGCAACUGUUGUUGAUGUUCUUUUAGAUCUCUACGCAUUUCAAUGUUCCAUGGAAAAUUCCUACUAUCUUACCUACUUUAGCUUGGUAGUUUCCAUCACCAGUCACUUCGUUAUCUUAUGUCUCUCAUGUUAGUGUGCAUCCAGCAAAGGUGGAAUAUUGGAUAGGUUCUAUAAAAAUUUUGUAUUUUGUUUUUUUUAAAUUUUAUUUUAAAAAAAAAACAUUUUGUAAAAGCUUUGCCAAACAAAUCUUUUAGAAGUGGGAAAUUUGAAUGGGGCGGACGGCAUAAUUUUAUUGAGAGGCUGGUGAGGUGGUUGGUUUUUUUUCCUGUAUGAGAAGCAGACAAGUACUUGUUGAUCUAUUCCAAGCAUGUAACAAUGGCAGAUCAGUUUCCCAAUUGCAUUCUCAAGUAUUCAAGACUGGCAUUCUCCAUGACACUUUCUUCGCCACCAAACUCAAUUCCCUUUAUGCCAAGUGCGCUUCCCUUCAAGCUGCACGCAAGGUGUUCGACGAAACGCCUCACCCAAACGUCCAUCUAUGGAACUCUACACUCAGGAGCUAUUGCAGAGAAAAACAAUGGGAAGAGACUCUACGUCUUUUUCAUCUCAUGAUAUGUACGGCUGGGGAAGCACCUGAUAAUUUUACCAUACCCAUAGCUUUAAAGGCGUGUGCGGGUUUACGGAUGCUUGAGUUGGGCAAAGUGAUACAUGGGUUUGCUAAGAAGAAUGAUGAGAUUGGUUCUGACAUGUUUGUGGGUUCUGCUUUGGUUGAAUUGUAUUCCAAAUGUGGGCAAAUGGGUGAGGCUUUAAAAGUGUUUGAGGAGUUUCAACGGCCGGACACGGUACUAUGGACUUCCAUGGUUACUGGGUAUCAGCAGAAUAAUGAUCCUGAAGAAGCAUUAGCACUCUUCUCACAAAUGGUGAUGAUGGACUGCGUUGUUCUGGACCCUGUGACAUUGGUUAGCGUAGUUUCUGCUUGUGCUCAGUUGUUGAAUGUUAAGGCUGGAAGCUGUGUUCAUGGUCUUGUGAUAAGGCGGGAGUUUGAUGGUGACUUACCUCUGGUUAACUCAUUGUUGAAUUUAUAUGCGAAGACUGGUUGUGAGAAAAUUGCAGCUAAUUUGUUUUCCAAGAUGCCAGAAAAGGAUGUGAUUUCAUGGAGUACUAUGAUUGCUUGCUAUGCUAAUAAUGAGGCAGCCAAUGAAGCAUUAAAUCUUUUCCAUGAGAUGAUUGAGAAGAGAUUUGAACCUAAUUCAGUUACUGUGGUUAGUGCAUUGCAAGCAUGUGCAGUUAGUCGUAAUCUAGAGGAGGGUAAGAAGAUACAUAAAAUUGCUGUUUGGAAAGGUUUUGAGCUUGAUUUUUCAGUUUCUACAGCUCUAAUUGAUAUGUACAUGAAGUGCUCCUGCCCUGAUGAAGCAGUUGAUCUCUUUCAAAGACUGCCUAAGAAAGAUGUAGUUUCUUGGGUUGCUUUGUUAAGCGGGUAUGCACAAAAUGGAAUGGCGUACAAGUCAAUGGGGGUGUUCCGCAAUAUGCUGUCAGAUGGCAUUCAACCUGAUGCUGUUGCUGUGGUGAAGAUUCUAGCAGCUUCUUCAGAAUUAGGGAUUUUUCAGCAAGCUCUUUGCCUUCAUGGUUAUGUGGUUAGAAGUGGCUUCAAUAGCAAUGUUUUUGUUGGGGCUUCACUAAUUGAAUUGUAUUCAAAAUGUGGUAGCUUGGGUGAUGCAGUCAAGUUGUUCAAAGGAAUGAUCGUAAGAGAUGUUGUCAUCUGGAGUUCGAUGAUUGCCGCUUAUGGGAUUCAUGGCCGAGGCGGAGAAGCUCUAGAAAUAUUUGACCAGAUGGUUAAGAAUUCAACUGUUAGGCCUAAUAAUGUCACAUUUCUCUCAAUUUUGUCUGCUUGUAGCCAUGCAGGUUUGGUUGAAGAAGGGCUCAAGAUAUUUGACAGAAUGGUGCAUGAUUACCAACUGAGGCCUGAUUCGGAGCACUUUGGGAUAAUGGUUGAUCUCCUUGGCCGCAUUGGACAGUUAGGUAAGGCCAUGGACAUUAUCAACCGUAUGCCAAUUCCAGCUGGUCCCCAUGUUUGGGGAGCUUUGCUUGGUGCUUGUAGGAUUCAUCACAAUAUUGAGAUGGGAGAAGCUGCAGCAAAGAAUCUAUUCUGGUUAGAUCCAAGUCAUGCAGGGUAUUACAUCCUGUUAUCAAAUAUCUAUGCAGUGGAUGGUAAAUGGGAUAAUGUAGCUGAACUCAGAACACGUAUAAAGGAGAGGGGGUUGAAGAAGAUGUUUGGGCAGAGUAUGGUUGAGGUUAGGGGUGGGGUCCAUAGUUUCCUAGCUAGUGAUAGAUUUCAUCCAGACUCUCAGAAGAUAUAUGAACUGCUAAGAAAAUUGGAGGCACAAAUGGGUAAGGAGGUUUAUAUCCCUGAUUUGGAUUUUCUGCUUCAUGAUACGGGGGCAGUUUUACAAUUUUGAAGUGUUGAUAAAUGGACUUAUUAAAUCCAUUGCGGAUGAUCCAAUUAAAAUCCUGAUAACAAGAGUGUGCUGCUGGAUAUAUCAUCAUGUCUCAGAUUGGCUUUUUCUGGAUAUUUAUUGAAAGAAUAUCUUAUGGAUUUGACAUUUUAUGAACUCAGGCCUCAUUAAUAUCAACGUCAUAUGUUUCUCUGGAUUUGGAAGAUGUUUAAAAGCAGGAAAACCAGUAAGACCAUCUACCGGAUGGUGGUAACCAAUCAACUUUUGCUGUAAAGAAGUGAUCUUUGUUGAAAGCAAUGAGACUACAAUGUGAGAUGGAUUUUUGUUUCACGAGAAUUAAAAUUGUCUGCAACACAGUUGAUCAGGAGAAAGAGUUUGAUAUCAAGAUAAGAGGAGAAGAUUAUUUAUCAAGUAGGUUAAAGAUAUAAUCGCCAUGUUUCUUUCCAGAUCAUGCUACGCAGAGGCCUCAAGUUCAACCACCUUUAGCAAUUACAAGCUGUACUUUGGCAACCCAUAUUCCCUGGAAAGUCAAAGCUUUUUAUAUGCGAGCCCAUUUCAGAUGGCUUGGCCAUUUCUGGGAGAUUUUCCCUACUUAUCCAUUUCAAGCAGCAGACAUGAGUAAAUCCAAUGUUCCAACUCUAGCAAUGAUUGCUAUUUAGAGAAGCUAUCCUUUUGGAAAGUUUCGGAAGACUACAAACAGUCCCCUUCUCGAAGAAAAAUGCUUUCCUGAGGAGAUUAUUAUGUGUUUAUCAGCCAUGGUGAUUGUUUAGAGAUGAAAGCGAGAGAUUGUAUUGAGCCCAGUCCAAAAUCCUCACACACUUCCUAAAUAGGCUGAUGCUCAUGCUCUGUUUUUUGGUUCCUGAGGUUGCAAAAACCCCAAAUCUUCAACAUCAGAUGUCACCAAAUCAAGUAUGCCUAUGUCUGGACAGAAGAUUUUAAUGGAAUUCAGCUCUUCAAGAUAGCUAGAUUGGCAGAUAUUGCAGCUCACAAUUUCGCCAGACAAAUUUUCCUUAAAUGUAUCUCCUAAAUUGCUAUAUUUACUUGGAGGAAAGCUGCUUAUGUAUUACCUUGUAUAUCAGUCAUUUUUUGAAAGAAACCAGAAAUAAUUUUUGGGCAUAGAUUGAAUUUGGUAUCCAUCUGUAUAAAUGACUGUUUAAAUUUUGGUCAUAGAAACUUUUCCCUUCAUUUCGCUUUAUUGCAACA